AUGGGAAGCACCGGGCCAGCCUGGGCGAGUGAGCCUAUCGCCAUCAUUGGUAUUGGAUGCAAGUUUGCUGGAGAUGCAUCCAAUCCAUCAGAGUUAUGGAAACUGCUGGCCGAAGGGAAGAGCGCCUGGAGCGAGAUUCCGGCUUCUCGUUUCAACCCCAAGGGCGCUUAUCAUCCCAACAGCGAGAAAUUGAGUACAAUGCACGUCAAAGGAGCCCACUUUAUGAAUGAGGAUAUUGGGCUGUUUGAUGCUGCAUUUUUCAAUUAUUCGGCUGAAACAGCAGCGACGUUAGAUCCUCAAUUCCGGCUACAACUUGAAUCGGUCUACGAGGCCCUGGAGAACGCCGGUCUCCCUCUCGCGCAAGUCGCGGGUACCAACACAUCUGUAUUUGCUGGCACAUUUGUUCAUGAUUAUCGAGAUUCAUUGAUCCGAGAUGAGGAUAACUUGCCACGGUAUCUCCUGACAGGAUCAGGCACCGCAAUGGCCUCGAAUCGCAUCUCUCAUUUCUUCGAUUUCCGCGGCGCAAGUAUGACCAUAGACACCGGCUGCUCGACUGCUCUCGUUGCCCUUCAUCAGGCCGUCCAGAGUCUGCGAAGUGGGGAGAGCGACAUGAGUGUCGUGGGCGGUACCAACAUCCUGAUCAACCCGGACAAUUUCAAGGCAAUGGGAUCUUUAGGCUUUCUCUCUCCCGAUGGCCGAUGCUUUGCUUUUGAUUCUCGCGCCAAUGGGUACGGCCGUGGCGAGGGUGUGGCCACGAUCGUGAUCAAGCGACUCCGAGACGCGAUUGCCGCUGGCGACCCAAUUCGUUCCGUUAUUCGUGAAACUCUGCUGAAUCAGGAUGGCAAAACCGAAACGAUUACCUCGCCAAGCAAAGACGCACAGCAAAGCCUGAUGCGCAACUGCUACGCACGGGCAGGCAUUGACCCGCUAGGCACUCAGUACUUUGAGGCUCACGGAACGGGCACGCCAACGGGAGACCCAAUCGAGGUCGGGUCUAUUGCUUCAGUUUUCCAAGGGAAGAAACGCUCUAUUGUCGAGCCUUUGCGGAUUGGCUCUGUGAAGACGAACAUCGGCCACACAGAAGCGACCAGUGGACUAGCCAGUGUCAUCAAGGUCACUCUUGCAAUGGAGCAUGGCAUGAUUCCGCCAUCUGUCAACUUUGAGAAGCCCAAUCCCAAGCUCUCACUCGAAGAAUGGGGAAUCAAGGUAGCCAGAGAGUUGGAAGAAUGGCCUGCCCUUCCAGGUACUGUUCGCCGUGCAUCCGUCAACAACUUUGGCUACGGUGGAAGCAAUUCCCAUGUGAUCAUGGAAGACGGGCAAUAUUGGCUUCAAGCCUUGACCACGGGGACAUCGAGCAAGCACAAUGCUGCCCCGAAUGGUGUCGAUUCACUACCGUUGCCCAGCUAUGAGACGAAUCUGUUAAUUCUCAGUGGCAAGGAUGAACAGACAACCAAAGUCAUCGUCUCCAACCUGAAAACAUUCCUUGAAGAGCAGGAGAAGAAGGGACUCAAUGAAGUGGACGCCAAGGUAUUCCUAGAGCAACUCUCUUAUACCUUGGGACAGCGCCGUACCAUUUUCCCAUGGAUUGCCACAUACCCUGUCCCCAUCACCCAAGGGAUUGCUGCAGCGGCGACGGCCCUUGAGUCUCGUAACUUUAGGGCGUCCAAAGUUGCCUCGCGGCAGCCAAGAAUCGGUAUGGUUUUCACAGGGCAGGGUGCUCAGUGGUAUGCCAUGGGAAGGGAAUUGAUUGCCACGUACCCGGCCUUUGGGGCAUCCAUCAAGGAGGCCGACGCCAUUCUCCAUGACCUCGGUGCGGACUGGUCUCUGAUGGAUGAGCUUAACCGCGAUGCCGAGAGCACACGAGUGAACGGGACCGCGUUUAGUAUCCCCAUCUGCGUUGCUGUGCAAAUCGCGCUGGUUCGCCUGCUGAAUACUUGGGGUAUCAAGCCUACCGCUGUCACCAGUCACUCCAGUGGAGAAAUUGCGGCAGCCUACACAGUUGGAGCGAUCAGCCUCCGGAGGGCCAUGGGGAUCGCAUACUUCCGUAGCAAGCUGGCCGCAGAGUUGACACAGAGUGCCACGGCCAAGGGAGGUAUGAUUGCAGUAGGCCUGGGGCAUCGUGACGCGGCGCGCUACUUGAAUAACCUCACUGGUGAUGCCAAGGCCGUCAUUGCCUGCAUUAACAGCCCCUCAAGUACGACGGUGGCUGGCGACCUUCCUGCCGUAUUGGAAUUGGAGGCAAAGCUUCAGAGUGAUGGGGUGUUUGGUCGCCGACUGCGAGUGGAGACUGCCUACCACUCUCACCACAUGGCGCCCAUCGCGGAGGAGUACCGCACCGCACUGCAAAAUAUGCAAGAUGAUAAAUCAAGCAAAUUCAAUCGCAUGAAUUCCAUCGCCUAUGCAUCCCCAGUGACUGGCUAUCGCAUGAACAGUGCGGAAAAUAUUGCGAACGCAGACCAUUGGGUCAGUAGCUUGCUGCAACCGGUCUUGUUCGUCGAUGCAUUCACGGAGAUGGUCCUGGGUGAUUUGGAUUCCGAGUCAGAUGCCUCUCCUUCCAGUAUCGAUCUAGUCGUUGAGGUUGGCCCGCACACUGCACUUGGCGGUCCCAUCCAGGAAGUACUGGGGCUUCCAGACUUUGAAGGUAUCAAGCUGCCGUACUACGGCUGCCUUGUUCGACACACCAAUGCGAUGGAGAGCCUUCAAGGUUUGGCAGCCAACUUGAUUCGCGAGGGUUACCCUGUUGACAUGGAGGCGAUCAACUUCCCUCAUGGAAGAGGCUCUGAUAUUCGAGUGCUCACGAAUCUUCCUCCCUACCCUUGGAACCACUCGACCAGGCAUUGGAUUGAGCCACGAGUCAACAAGGCGCUCCGCGAGCGCUCCCAAGAGCCUCACCACCUCCUGGGUCAGCUUGUGCCUGGUACAAAUCUCAACUUCCCAUCGUGGAGACACAUCCUCCGGCCCACAGAAUCACCAUGGGUUCGGGAUCAUAUGAUUCAGUCCAAUAUCCUGUACCCUGGCUGUGGAUUUAUUUCUUUGGCUAUCGAGGCAGUCCGGCAACAGAUCGACCUGAUUGCAGGUGAUCAGGGCAAUUCUACCCCAAAGGAGAUUGCCGGUUACCAGAUCAGGGACGUGGAUGUCCUACAGGCCCUCGUCAUUCCAGAUAGUACGGAAGGCCUGGAAAUCCAAACUGUGCUCCGUCCGGUCAGUGAUAAGUCAAUUGGCGUGCGCGGCUGGAAGCAAUUUGAGAUCUAUUCGGUGACCGCAGAUAACGAGUGGACACAGCAUGCCUACGGGUUGAUCUUGGUCGAGUUCGGCGAUCCAGAUCAAGCAACAGGGCUUGGACUGGGGAAGAGCAAGCCCCUGGACCCUAGAGCCGGAUAUGCCAAACGUAUCGAUCCGGUCGACAUGUGGAAUGUUCUGACGGCACUUGGGCUUCAGUACGGACCGACCUUCAGGAACAUCAAGAACAUCAUUCAGUCGGGCAGGGAGAUGCGUUCUAUCAGUGACAUUGUCGUUCCUGAUACUUCAGUUGCCAAGGAACUACCGUAUACCCAUGUAGUACAUCCAGCAUUGCUGGACGCAGCCGCCCAGGCCACGUUCACAGCUCUCCCGGGCACCGAAUCCCGCCAGGACUCUCCAAGAGUUUUCCAGUCGAUCGAGCGCAUCUGGAUUUCGAGCAAGAUCAGCAGUCAGAUCGGCCAUCUCUUUGAGGCCGAUACUUUCCUGCACCGUGCGGAUGCACAGGGCAUUGAGGCUAACAUCACCAUGGUCGACAAGGAUGCGGGCGAUGGUGCGAAACCCAUCCUAGAAAUCAAGAAUCUGAUCUUCUCGUCCCUAGGACGCAGCGCUUCCAGUGGGGAUGAAAAGCCGUGGGAGAGACAGCUCUGUACCAGAGUGCACUGGGGUCCCGAUGCAAGCUUCGGAUUCCAGACAGAUGGUCUUGGACAGCAGUUUGAUCCCAUCUUUCCGGAUGGGAUUCGGGCCAUUACUGAUCUCCGACGUGUGUAUCUCUACUACAUCCAAGAGGCACUAGCCAAAGUUUCUGCAGAUGAAGUGGGCCAGUUUGGCCCAGAACGUGCCAAGUUUUAUACCUGGAUGCAGGAACAGGAGAACGAGGCAAAGGAGGGAAGACUUGGUACUGGCAGCACAAGUUGGCUAUUCGACACCAAGGCUGAACGAGAAAUUCGGACACACCUCGUUUCCGAAGCCGGUGUCAAAGGCAAAAUGGUUUGUCAUAUAGGAGAGAACUUGCCUGCCAUCCUGCGUGGUGAAAAAGCCCCCAUCGAGCUGAUGACAGCCAAUGGGCUGCUGGAUCAGUAUAAGCAACAAGAACAUCCGCGGGCUCUGUCCCAGGCUGCUGCUUUGUUGCGUCAAUUCGUUCACAAAAACCCACGAGCGCACAUCCUCGAGCUUGAAAAUCCCUCUACCACUGCAACUCUUAACAUGCUGCAGGCCCUGGGCACGGCUGAAUCUGGAGGUCCACUGGCUACCUCUUAUCACAUCACCAGAAAGUCGUGGGAUGAAGAAUCCCAGGCCGCUUCUAUUCAAGAGCUUGCCGCAUGGAGUGAUAUUGUGGUUUUCGACACACUUGAUAUCAAAAAGGAUCCGUCCACCCAAGGGUUUGAAUCCAAGGAUUACGAUCUUGUCAUUGCCAACCGGCAUUUACUUUCGACCUCUUCUGCAAACUGUUUGGCCCAUGUCCACAGUUUGAUCAAACCAGGCGGCAAGCUGCUGCUGGUGGAGACCACGCAGGAUGAUUUCGACCGACAGUUCGUCUUCGGUCCACUGCCUGAGUGGUGGCAAGAAGAUCGCAGGGUUGAUGGCCAGCACUGCCCUUCGGACACCGUUUCAUCGUGGGACCAAUCGCUCAAAGCCUCGGGCUUCAGCGGAGUCGAUGUCCACAUUCCCGACUGUGAAGCCGACGAUAUGUAUACAACGAGUACCAUGCUUGCAACCGUCCCGCCAGUCAGUUCAGUGCAACGACCUUCAUCGCACAACAUUGUGGUUGUCACCAGCAAUAAGAUGGGACCUGCACUUGACUCCACCUGGCUGGUCAAUUUGCAACAGGCUAUCUCUGAGGAUGGUUCUGGUGCUGGCUCGUUAACCACUGCCUAUGCUAUCGAGUCAUUGACGCCAGCCUCGAUUGCAGGUAAGAUUUGCGUCUUUGUCGGAGAAAUCGACAAACCUCUUCUCCGGGAUCUCGAUGCAGAAACCAUGGAUGGGAUCAGGACAAUGAUUAUAAACUCUAAAGGGCUAUUCUGGCUUACACGUGGCGCCGCCGUCAACUCCCAAGACCCGAAGCUGGCACUCGCUCAGGGAUUCCUUCGAUCUCUACGUAACGAGUACCCGACUCGGCUCUUCGUAAGUCUGGAUCUUGACCCUGGUACUCCCCUGUGGUCUCUAGACAGUGUGCCUGUGAUCCAGCAAGUGUUGCAAGCAGGCUUCAGCAGUAAUGACGACUCUCAGCCAGGCGAGUUCGAGUACGCGGUUCGAGACGGUAUUAUCCUAAUCCCAAGGAUCCUUAAGAACCAGGCCCGGAGCAAGGCAAUCUCCGCCGAGGAUGUUGCCGACCAGAGCACUCCAAAGGUAGUCAGUCAGCCAUUAUACCAGCCGGACCGCCCUCUGAGCAUGCACGUUGGAAUGCCGGGGCUGAUGGAUACCAUUGCCUUCGAUGACGACCCUUCAAUGUCUGCCAUCAAUGCUACGUCUGAUCUCUCGUCUAAUCUGAUUGAGGUUGAGCCGCGUGCCUAUGGUGUCAACUUCCGUGAUGUGAUGGUGGCCAUGGGCCAGCUCCACGAACGAGUGAUGGGUUUGGAGUGCUCUGGAGUCAUCAAGCGCGUUGGAAGCGAGGCUGCCAGCCGUGGGUACGCAGUCGGGGACAAAGUCUUCUGUCUGCUGCGUGGACCCUUUGGCAGUCGCGUAAAUGUCGAGUGGACUAACGUCGCGCACAUGCCGGAGGGGCUCAGCUUUGAGGAUGCCGCCUCGCUGCCGGUCAUCUUCUGUACCGCAUACAUAUGCCUGAUCGACAUGGCUCGUCUGCAACGUGGGCAAACUGUCUUGAUACACGCCGCAGCUGGUGGUGUCGGACAGGCGGCAAUUAUGAUUGCAAAGCACCUGGGCCUCGAGAUCUACGCCACCGUCGGGACAACUGAGAAACGCGCUCUGGUUACGAGCAAGUACGGCAUUCCAGAUGACCACAUCUUCAGCAGUCGCGAUGCAUCCUUCGCCGCGGGGAUCAUGGCUGCGACUCACGGUCGUGGUGUUGACGCCGUUGUCAAUUCCCUUGCUGGACCAUUGUUGCAGGAAAGCUUCAACGUGCUGGCUCCGUUCGGUCACUUCUUAGAAAUUGGAAAGCGAGACUUGGAAAUCAACAGCCAUCUCGAGAUGCGGCCCUUCACUCGCCAGGCUUCCUUUUCAGCCUUUUACCUCCUGGCAUCGAUGCAGCACACCCCUCUCGAGGUGCAUCGUGUGCUGAACGCGAUUACCAAGCUGCUGGAGAGUCAGGCCAUUGCCCCCGUGCACCCAGUCACAGCCUUCCCCAUGGGCGACUUUGCCAAGGCCUUCCGUUUGCUCCAGACCGGUAAGCAUAUGGGCAAGGUGGUCCUCUCAACGGGUCCACAGGAGAUGGUACCGGUUCGUCCACGAACUCCCAAGACCAAGUUCUCUUCUGAAGCAUCCUAUCUCAUUGUCGGAGGCCUCGGUGGAAUUGGUCGAUCAGUUGCGCACUGGAUGGUGGCUCGAGGAGCCAAGAAUUUGAUCUUCAUGUCGCGAAGCGCCGGUCACAGUGGUCAGAAUUCUGCUUUCCUUGCCGAUCUUCGUGCGGCGGGGGUCCGAGUCAAGGCCGUGAGCUGCAGUGUCUCGGAUCAUGAUGAUCUCGUUCGCGCAUUGUACGUUUGUGAGGAAAGUGGCCUUCCGCCAAUUCGCGGCGUUAUCCAAGCUGCCAUGGUUUUGCAGGAUACCGUUUUCGAGCAGAUGUCGCUGGCCAAUUGGCAAGCAGCCGUCCAGCCCAAGGUCCACGGUACAUGGAACCUGCAUCAAGCGUUCGACGCGCCGGACAGCUUGGACUUCUUCGUGAUUCUCUCAUCUGUGGUCGGUGUCACUGGCAAUGCUAGCCAGGCCAACUACGCGGCAGCAGGCUCUUAUCAAGACGCGCUUGCCCGUUGGCGUGUUGCACGCGGUCUCCCUGCCGUGGCUAUCGACCUCGGCGCUGUCAAGGGAAUCGGCGUGGCUCAGGAAACGGCCGGCGUGCUGUCUCGACUUCAGCGUAUUGGUCAUAUCCCCAUCAACGAGGAGCAGGUUCUGGCCGUGCUGGACAGCGCCAUCCUCGCGCCAUAUGAACCUCAGGUUGUCAUCGGGUUGCACACGGGGCCCGGUUCUCACUGGAAUAUCGAUGGUGACUCUCCUUUGGGUCGCGAUGCUCGGUUCGUGGCGUUGCGGCCGGCUGAGGGUGGUCAGAAGAAUGCCAGUGCCGGGGAUGGUUCAGGCUCGCUGGCCAGUCGACUGGCAGCUGCAGCUUCAGCGAUUGAGGCAGUUGACCUGGUCGGUGUUGCGAUCGCUGAAAAGUUGUCAGAUAUAUUCAUGCUUCCCGUCGAUGACAUUGAUCUGGCGAACAAGCCUGCUCACUUUGGUAUCGACUCUCUGGUUUCGGUGGAGCUCCGGAAUAUGCUGCUCCAACAUGCCGGUGCCGAGGUGUCAAUCUUCGGCAUCAUGCAGAGCCCGUCUUUGGCGGCGCUCGCGGCCGACGUUGCUGCAAAGAGUACCCAUGUUCAGUGGGAUCGAUUCAAGGCUUGA